AUGGCUGGGUUUGUUGGUGGAAUUCCAUUUUUAAUUAUUGGAUCAAUGAUUACGUCUACAGUCUUAAUUUUGCUCAACAAAUACCUUAUGGCCUAUUAUCAGUUUGAUUUUCCAAUUGCUUUAACAACAUUCCAUUUUGCAUGCACUUAUUCAGUUUUAGAAAUAUUAUGUAGAUUCAGGUUCUUCGAACGUGCUGAAAACUAUCCUUCAAAAUUAGGUUUAAUCACUGCAUGCGAAUGUGUAUGCGGACGUUUAUUCAUGAAUAUUUCACUUAAAUUAAACUCCGUUGGCUUUUACCAACUUUCAAAGCUCCUUUGCAUUCCAGGAAUGGUCCUUGCAAACUUGAUUUUAUUCAAGAAGAAAACAUCUCCAAGAACAUGCAUAACCCUUAUUAUAUUACUUAUUGGUGUCGCAUUGUUUACAGUCAGUGAAGUUUAUUUCUCAGUUUCAGGCGCUAUUGUCGCUCUUAUCGCCAUUUUCUUCAAUGUUAUUUUCCAAGUUCAUACAAAUUAUAUUUAUAAUCAAUAUCAUGUUGGUGGUCCAGCAUACCAACUUGCAACCUCCGGUUACAUGUUCUUCUACGGAAUAAUCGCCACAAUGUUAGAAGAAGGUCGUUAUCCACAUUCAGUCUUCGAAUACGUUUGGUCAGUACCAGAACUUGUUCUUGCUUUCCUUACAGGCAUGGUCGCUGUUUGGUCAAACGUAUUUGGCAUUUCAUUAAUUGGAAAAUGCUCAGCCAUCACAUUCCAAGUCGUAGGACACGCAAAGACAAUAUUAAUAUUCGUUUUCGGCUUGAUUUUCAUUGAUGACUUCAAGCACGAGCCAAUAAGAUAUAAAAUCAGAAAAAUUGUUGGUGUUUCACUCGGUAUGGUCGGAACCAUCUUAUACUCUGUCUGCAAAAUGCAGGAGAAGGCUGAUCAGGCCAAGAAAGAGAAUAAAGAUGAAUUAGAUCAAAAAUACGAGGAAAAUAAUAGUCUUAAUAUGAAUGAAAAUGUUAAUGACCCAGAAUUACAACCAACAGAUAAUAUCAGCACACUAUAUGCAUUCAAGGCAGUUCCAGAAGAACCGGCUCCAGAAACUGCUUAA